AUGGUGAUGAGGCGGUGCAUCGUUGUGAGGUCUAUCGCGCAGUUGGCUGUGUUUCUGCGAGACGUCGUACAGCACGCCCCUCCCUCAGGCAUUUCUUUGGUUGAUGUCGAGUCCGAAAUUAAAGAACGCAUGCAAGCAAUGAAAGCUGGGGCCGACGUGCUGGAGCUUUCUUCAUCUUGGAGAGAGGCACUGACCGAAGUGAAUGGCACACAUUUUAUCAGCGGGACAACAUUGUACCCCUGUAACUGGGAGGAGAAGAUGCAGAACGUUGCAGCUUCUAUACCGUAUGAGGGGGUAAUAGAGAAAGAGCUUAUUGGAAGAAUUAUAGAAGAGGAGUCGCGUUUUUUACCAGCUGUUUCUCUUGGCGAACCUAUCUCCAAAUGGGUACAGCGUCGAUUCUCAAAUAUUCUCUGGGUCUCUCGCUCAGCAACGAAUGGGACUCCCAUCUACCGUGCUGUUGGAGAACCAUUAUCAAUGGAGGCAGAGUGCAUCGCCAGGGUACUGCAGUUACUGGGUCGCAGGAAACUUCCAGUGUAUACUGAUGUGAACCUUAUUGUCCCGCUUCUCCCUGUCUCCAUGAGUCCUAAGAAAGGGAACUGGUUGCGCUUCUUUGAGCGCCAAGCCGUACAGGAUCACUUUGAUGUGGAUGUUGAGGCGUAUGUUCGUGUGUCACCUGACUGCUCCCCUUCUACCGUGUUUGUAGACGCCACAAGUGUGGAGGUGGCACGGGUCGAUGAUAUGUUAGCGGCGAAAGGUAUUUUGGACUCCCUCUGUGCAAUCAAGGUAUUUCGUCGACCAAAUGACCCCGUAUGGUCUACAGAUGAUGUCAUAGUACAAAGCUUUUUGGAGCCGGAGCAUGCCAUUGGUGCAGCAAUAGCCCUUAUGGAAAAGAGGAACGAUUUGAAGGUGUAUAUCCUCUGUGGUGAUGGAGCGAAGGAACGAUAUAAAACCGCGCUGGGCGAUUUGCUAGGGCAGGAAGAGACGAUAAUUACGAUAUGUACGCCAAACAGUAACGAGGAGAUAUCCGUGAAGAAACGAUAA